AUGGCGGAAACAGUACAAUAUUAUCUCGAAAAAAUGGUGCCUGAACUUGAGGAUUAUGAACGUAAAGAAUUAUUUUCAAAGCAAGAAAUAAAAUCCAUAAUUAGGAAACGAACAAAUUUUGAAUACUCAUUGAAGAAACGGCCUUGCCAAAAAGAUGAUUUUCUAAAGUAUAUAGAGUACGAAAUGAAUUUAGAAAAAUUGAGGAAAAAGCGUAAAGAACGUUUGGCAAUAAAAGGAAAAACAUCAAUAUCAGAUUACGCGAUUAUCAGAAGGAUAUAUCAUAUUUUUGAUCGCGCUGUUAUAAAGUUUAAAGGUGAUAUUCCUUUAUGGUUGCAAUAUAUAGAAUUUGCUAAAUCAACAGGGGCUGGAAAGCUACUUGGUAAGAUCUUUGGGAGUGCUUUGCAAUUGCAUCCAACAAAGCCUUUAUUCUGGAUACACGCUGCAAAAUGGGAGUUUGAGGCUAAUGCCAAUAUAACUGCUUCCAGAGCCUUAUUACAACGAAGCCUGCGUUUAAAUCCUAGUUCCAUUCAACUAUGGCAUGAAUAUUUCAAACUUGAGCUUGUUUAUAUCGAAAAAAUUAAAUCUCGAAGAAAGAUUUUAGGAAUAUCUUCAAAAUCAUCAACUUUGGAAAAAUCAAAUACUGGAGACGUGAUAUUAAUUUCAGGGCUUGAAGACGAGAAUAAAUCUGAAGAAGAUAACAAUAAAGUGUUGUGCGGAGAAAUUGUUAAAACUGUGUAUUUGAAUGCUAUCAAUUCUAUACCGGACGAUUUAGCAUUUCGUCAACAAUUUGUUAAUAUUUGUUUUGAAUUCUCUGAGACACAAAUCAUUCAAGAUACCGUUUACGAAAGUAUUCGUAAAGAUUUUGUCAAAAAUGCGGAAGCCAGAGCUUACGUUGCAGAAAGACAUUUAUUCUCUAUGCUAGAUGUGGAAAAACCAGAAUUCGAAGUGGCAAUUAAAAAUAGUGUCAACGAAUUUCAGCAGAGCGUCGAGGAGGUGGCUGAUAAAGAAAUAUGGUACCUGUUUACCAAAUUUCUCAAUAAAUACUUACAUAAAGUUACUGAAAAAAAUUUGAAUUAUUACCUUGUGAAAUCAUUGUCUCAAUCAUACGAGACUGCCGCUUCUUUAAAUCUCGCUUCUGAAAAAAUGUACAUCGAAUGGAUAGAUUGGAUUUUAGGAAAUCACGACUCCAAUUGCAAAAAUGCUCUUGAAGUGGCAAAACAAGCUACCGAGAUUUAUUCUCAAAAUUCAGAACUUUGGAUAAAAAGAAUUGGCAUUGUGACGUCCUUAGAAGGACUUCAAGAUAAAUCGAUAAAUAAAUUAUAUGAUUUGGCAUUGAAUAAGAAUCCAGUGUCAUUGGUAUUAUGGGAUUCUUAUCUAUCCUGGAAUUUGUCAAAGUGGAAAGGUGGUGGCUUGGAAGACCAUGAAUUGGAAAAAAUAUUCACGGCAUCGGUUUCUAAAGUCGCGUCAUUAUCAUUGAGUUGGAUAAUCACUAACGAGCAACAUAUAAAGGAGACAAAAAAUAGGGUUGUUGCCCGAUAUUUAAUAUGGGCUGAUGAAGUUGGAGGACUGAAAAAGACGCGCCAAGUUUAUAAAAGUCUUUUGAGUAAGAUCCUACCGACUCUUAAGUUUUAUCAGACAUGCAUCCAAAUAGAAGAAAAGCAUAUAACUUCACCUAUGGCACUAGACUCGAAAACUCAUUUGGAAUGGUUAUAUGAUCGAGCCUGUCAAUGUGACAAUACGCCAUGUGGCAACAACGAGCGACCACGGGCAACUAGUGUCUAUGAACAAGCAAUGAAUGUUGUCAAGGAUCCAAAGUCUUUGGAAAGUCAGUAUCACCAAAUGAAUGCUAAAAUAUAG